AUGAACCAAGAGAGCAUGAAUUGCGAUUCUUCGAUUCUUUGGCGGAAUGUGGGAUGUUGCGAUACUUACAAGGGUUCUCAUUUCGAUACUAUUGGAAAUCUUUCAUCUAGACUUGAAGUUUUUGAAAUAGCAGUUGCACACAUCAGUGGCUUCAUUCCCACUAGUACAGGCAAACAUGAGCGAUUUUCAUCAAAGUUUCCUUUGAUCCUUUGGAAAAUGAGUGGUCCUCUCUAUCUAGAUGCGUCGCAGAAUUCAAUAGAGGGAGAGGUUCCAGAGGAUAUUGGAGGACUGAAGGCCAUUGUAGAGCUAACUCUUUCCAGUACUAUUCCUAAGUCGUUGGAGAAGCUCUCAUACCUUAAAAGCAUUAAUGUCUCAUUUAAUAUUUUACAUGGUGAAAUUCCCGAUGGUGGUGUGUUUGCAAAUUCCACUCGCAAUUAUUUUCGGGCAACAAAGGUCUAUGUGGAAUGCACAUUUCAGAGGUCUCGCUGUGCUCUCACUAAUCUUCGACAACAAUCCUUGUCUAAGGAGCUUCUGCUAAAAAUUGUUACUCCAGUUAUUAUUUCAUCCUUUCUAAUAUUAUUGUUGGUCUCAAUUGGAUAA